AAAAAACAACGAUUGCAGUUUUUAUUACAAAACAUUCUAGGAACUUUUUCGUUUGUUCUAUUGACAAUAACGGCACGGUUUAACAUAUAUAACAUUAAAUUUAUUUGUAUGGAACACUAUUCCUGCCAAAAUAAAUAAUAAAAGGCAUAAAUGACAAUAAAAGGAUUCUUGAAUAUUUACAUUCUUUUAACAUUACUUACUACAUAUUCAUUGAAUAACGGUGAAUAUUAUCACGGCAAGGUAAAACUAUAUUUGUAUGGACAGCACUUACCGCAAAAUAUUAAUUUUCCACAUACAAAUAUGGCAUCGGAUAAUGGACGUGACAACGACUUACAAGGCCCCUCUAGGUCGAUGAUUACAGUGUCGCGAGCGGCUGGAACAAGCAGAUCGGACUCCAGCUCUAUGAUAUUAGAAAAACAGACCAAAGCAGAGACAGCUCGUGCUAAGGCCCAAUUUGCGGAACAACGAAAAACUGUUCGUCUAAAGCAUGCUAAUGCAGAAUUGGAUGCCGAAUUAGAAUUUAUUCAACAGCAAACUGACGUCGCUGUCGCUGAGGCUGAAGUUCGUGUUUUUCAAUCACACAAAGGCUCAAGUUUUAGAUCAUGCGAAUCAGAAUUACGAAGUUUACCAAGGGAAAAUACAAUGGAACGCACACAACAAUUUGUCGAUCAGAAUCAAGAUACACUAUUUGAAAACAACCUAACCGAUUAUCAAAAUCAACAAUAUGACCCUUACGAUAAUUAUAAUGAACAACAUUAUGAUUAUCAAUCCCAGUGGUACCCGUCUAAUCAUCAGUAUGAUUAUUACCACAGACCAUAUUAUCCUGAAGUUGAUAGCCCUCAAACACGGGUAUUGGAACCUGCUGCUCAGCACACACAACUUCCCAGGCAGGCGCCUCCUCUAUUACAGGAACGAAAUAGGACUCAGGUACAACGUGGACCACCCACCAAUGCACCAUCUAUAAAAACUGACGCAACUGCAUUUUCACAACCUAGUUCACUUCCACACGCAACUUUAAAUAGUAACACCACCAUAACAGGUGAACUUUCAAGGUUUUUACUUAAGAAAGACUUACUCCUUUCAAGGUUUACAAAGUUUAAUGAUCAACCAGAAUCCUACGCAGUAUGGAAGUCAGGUUUCUUACAUAUUAAGUCGGAACUCCAAGUCACAACCUCAGAAGAAAUGGAUUUGCUGAUCAAGUGGUUAGGAUUGGAAUCGUCUAGAAAUGCUAUUAGUCUUAAGGCAGCUAAUGUCAGCAACCCAGCUCGCGGAUUAGCACGGAUAUGGGAACGCCUUGAUGAAAGGUAUGGAAGCCCAGAACUGGUGGAAGCAUCACUCAAGAACAAACUUGCUAACUUUCCGAAGUUAUACACUGAUAAAGACAAUAAGAAACUCUUCGAGUUGUCCGAUAUUAUUUCUGAAAUCGAAUCGGCCAAGGAAGACCCGAUGUAUGCUUCACUUUUGGCCUACUUUGACUCUUCAUCUGGAGUUAUCCCCAUAGUAAACAAACUUCCCCGGGGAAUUCAAGAGAAAUGGACCGGCCAAGCUGUCAAAUAUAAGAAGACAUAUCAAGUACCAUUUCCACCAUUUUCCUUCUUUGCGGAAUUUAUACGAGAUGUAAGCAAGACCAAGAAUGAUCCAAGUUUUGCCUACGACCGCACUUACAAUCAACCAAAUAAUCAACGGGAUAGGCUCCCUUCAAAGGUAUCAGCUCCAGCUUUAAGGACGAAUAUUUCCACACGGAAAACAGAAGUUAAACAGCAAUCUGAGGUCACGGAUAAUAGAUCAAAAUGUCCAAUCCAUCAUACUAAUCACUCGAUUAACGAGUGUAAUGCCUUUAGAUAUAAACCCAUCAGUGAACGGAAGGCAUAUUUAAAGACUAUUGGGUUUUGCUAUAGGUGUUGCGCAACAAAAGAACAUUUAAUUGCAGCUUGUACAGAAAAUAUCAAAUGCGAUAUUUGCAAUAGCAACCAACAUGCUUCUGCUAUGCACGUGAAUUCGGAUUCAGUUACCAGUGGAACCUCUUCAGCUCCAGUCAACCACGGCGGGGAGCGUACGGAACCAAAACAACUUACAUCAAAGUGUACACAAGUAUGCAGCGAUAAGUUUAGAGGCAAGUCUUGUGCGAAAAUAAUUCAACUAAAAGUCUACCAAACUGAAAAUCCAGUUAAGACAGUUCAAGUUUAUGGCAUCUUCGAUGAUCAAAGUAAUAGGUCACUCGGAAACAAAGGCAUCUUCGACUCACUCGAAGUUCAGGCAGAACCAUUCUCUUACACACUAUCAUCGUGUGCAGGCACGUUUCCUACGUCUGGCAGAAAGGCAACAGGAAUAACUAUUGAAUCUUUGGAUGGAAGCGCGAAAUUUGAACUUCCGCAGUUAAUUGAGUGCGACCACAUACCGGCAAUUAGAGAUGAAAUACCUUCUCCGGAAGUAGCUCUUCAUCACUCUCACCUACAGGACAUAGCUGAAUUCAUACCACCAGUGGAUGAUUUGGUUAAUAUACAGCUGUUAAUUGGCAGAGAUUUGAUUGAGGCUCAUCACGUCUUAGAUCAACGGAUAGGACCGCGUAAUUCACCUUACGCUCAACAACUCCCAUUAGGAUGGGUAAUUAUUGGAGAGGCUUGCCUAGGCAACAUACAUAAACCGGAAGUAAUCAAUGUGAACAAAACUCACACUUUACCAAACGGUCGAAAUACAUUAUUCGAGCCCUGUCCGAAUAAUUUGGAAUUAAAGGAUCUACAUCCAACAAGGUACGAUGUCUUCACAUCACAGGAUUCAUUCAACGAUGGAAUUGGGGAAGCCGUAUUUAGACUCUCCCGCAACGACGAAAAACUAGGACCAUCGGUAGAAGAUCGCGAAUUUCUCGUUAUCAUGGAUCGAGAAUUCCAGCGUGAUUCAAGUGGUAAUUGGGUUGCUCCGUUACCCUUUAAGGAAAAUAGACCCCGUCUACCAAAUAAUCGAACUCAGGCAGCCAACAGAGCCAAGUCGUUAGAUUAUAGUUUAAGAAAGGACUCAACUAAAAGAGCCCACUUCUUCACAUUUAUGAAAAGGGUAUUCGAUAACAAUCAUGCGGAAUUGGCACCUCCUCUUAGAGACGAUGAUGAGUGUUGGUACUUACCCAUUUUUGGAGUCUACCAUCCUAAGAAGAAAGACCAAAUCCGAGCAGUGUUCGAUUCUUCAGCUCAGCAUGAAAAUAUCUCCCUUAACAAUGUAAUGUUGACAGGUCCUGACCUCACCAACAGCUUACUUGGGGUACUUCUACGCUUUCGCAAACAUGAAGUCGGCAUCACAGCGGACAUCCAGCAGAUGUUUCAUUGCUUUUUGGUACAGGAAAACCACAGAAACUUCCUGAGAUUUCUUUGGUACAAAGAUAACAUAUUCGAAAAUGAAAUUAUCGAAUACAGGAUGAGAGUACACGUCUUCGGAAACAGUCCUUCUCCAGCAGUGGCUACGUAUGGACUGAGACGGUCUGCACUCAUAGGACAGGAAACAUUUGGCAUCGACGUCAAAAACUUCGUAGAUAGGAACUUCUACGUCGAUGAUGGUUUGGCCUCACUUCCCACAUCAGAACAGGCCAUUGAUCUUAUGAAAAGAACUCAAAAAGCCCUUCUCGUUGGAGGCAAUCUUCAUCUUCAUAAGAUAGCUUCGAACAGCCCAGAAGUCAUGGAAGCAUUCGCUACCGAAGACCUGGCAAAGGACUUGAAAGAACUCAAUUUCUCUACGGACUCGCUACCUAUUCAAAGGAGUUUAGGCUUAGCUUGGAACUUAACGUCUGACACAUUCACCUUUCAAGUAUCACAGGAAAUCAAACCUUUUACACGGAGAGGUAUAUUGUCUACCAUAAACAGUCUGUUUGACCCGUUUGGAUUUGUCGCUCCAGUCGUCAUCCAAGGCAAAAUUCUAUUGCGGAAUCUUAUGUCGUCAACUACAGACUGGGAUGAACCUCUGCCUACCAAACAACUCACGGAAUGGGAUAAAUGGAGAUGUUCAUUACAGCAUCUUGAUAAUCUACGUAUACCUAGAAUGUAUUCUGAUACUUCUUAUGGCAUUGCUCGUAAGGAACUGCAUAUCUAUUCAGAUGCUUCCGAAAAGGCCGUAGCAGCAGUAGCUUACAUGAGAACUACAUACACUGACGGAAAUCAUCAUGUUGGCUUCAUCCUUGGAAAGGCGAAGCUAGCACCAACUUCUGGUCAUACUAUCCCCAGGCUCGAACUCUGUGCUGCUGUCUUAGCAGUCGAAAUCCACGACAUUAUCCAAGAACAUCUUGAUAUUACUCCGGAUGUCAUCACGUUUCACACCGACAGCAAGGUUGUGUUAGGAUAUAUCUACAACAGAACACGUAGGUUCUAUCUCUAUGUCACUAAUAGAAUAGACCGCAUUAGGAAGUCAACCAUUCCUCUACAAUGGCAGUUUAUCCCUACGGAUAAAAAUCCUGCAGAUCUCGGAACCAGGUCCGUUCCGGCAUCUGAUCUGGAACAUUCGGUAUGGCGUAAAGGUCCUACUCACCUUUACCAGAAACAGCAAUUCGAAGAAGAUGACUUCUACGAACUACGGAAUCCAGAAGAGGAUUCUGAGGUACGACCAAUUGUAACAACGUUACUCACUACUAUCAACAAAGGCAAGCUGGGUAUUCAUCGGUUUGAGCGAUUCUCAUCAUGGAAAACACUUACUUGGACAAUCAGUAGAUUAAUUCACAUUGCUCAAAUGUACCACAGUUCAGGAAACUGUAAAGGAUGGCAUGUUUGUAAUGAAUCAAAAAAUACUGAAGCCCAGCUUAAUUCGGAACGGUUCAUAAUCAAACAAGUUCAACUCGAAACUUAUGGAAAAGAACUGAUCAAAAUAAAAGCUGACAAACCGUUACCAAAGGACAGCACCAUAAUCACACUAGAUCCAGUCAUCGACGAAUAUGGCUUGCUGCGCGUUGGUGGAAGGCUGUCAAAAGCAGAGUUACCCUUUCAAGAGAAAUCACCAAUUAUUUUACCGGCAUCUGCUCACAUAUCAACUCUAAUCAUCAGGCAUCAUCACGAACUGGUACAACACCAAGGCAGACAUUUCACCGAAGGAGCAGUUAGAGCGGCAGGUUUUUGGAUAGUUGGAGGUAAACGUCUUAUCUCCUCUAUCAUCUUCAAGUGUGUUAAAUGUCGAAAACUACGAGGAAAACAAGAGUUCCAGAAGAUGUCAGAUCUACCUGGAAACCGCCUAAAGCCAGCACCACCCUUCACGUACGUUGGUGUUGACACGUUUGGUCCUUGGUCAGUUGUCUCAAGGCGUACUAGGGGUCACCAGGCAAACAGUAAACGAUGGGCGAUCAUCUUCACCUGUCUUACCACGAGAGCUAUUCAUCUGGAAGUCAUUGAAGACAUGGGGACUUCAGGAUUUAUUAACGCUCUCAGAAGAUUCAUCGCAAUUCGAGGCAACGUAUCCGAGUUCAGAUCCGACAGAGGAACCAACUUUAUUGGUACAACUAAUGAACUCAACAUGGAAGUCAUUAUGGACGAAAACGGUCCUGUUAUUAACUUUUUGAAUAAUAGGAAGGCUAAAUGGAUCUUUAAUCCACCUCAUUCAUCACACAUGGGAGGCGUUUGGGAACGUAUGAUCGGUAUAACCAGACGCAUCCUAGACUCUAUGUUAGCUGAGGUAUCUUCAAAAUAUCUCACACAUGAAGUAUUGGUAACUUUCAUGGCAGAAGUUACAGCUAUAGUCAACGCUCGACCUAUAGUUCCGGUUUCAACAGACACACAGUCACCAGCCAUUCUCUCACCACAAACUCUCCUCACUCAAAAGGUUGAUCACAUCACACAACCUUUAGGACAAUUUAAUAUAAAGGACUUAUAUAAAUCACAAUGGAGAGCUGUUCAAUCUAUGGCUGAUACAUUCUGGAACAGAUGGAGACGUGAAUUCCUUCACACUCUACAACCUAGACGAAAAUGGCAGAGUACACAACCAAACCUCAAACCAGGAGACGUUGUUCUACUUAAAGAUAACCAACUUCAUCGCAAUGAUUGGCCUAUUGGUAUGGUGGAACAGAUUUUCCCUGGAGAUGACAACAACGUCAGGAAAGUUACUCUACGGAUCAUAAAAGAUGGUGAACCAACUGUUUAUACCAGACCAGUUACUGAAUUGGUAUUACUUGAUUCGGAAACGGACAAUUAACAUUUUGAUAAUUUAAAGUGACUCUUCCCAAAGAUUGGACAUUUUAUUUUUAAGUGUUUUAUUUCAUAAAGUGUUUUAAUUUUAUUCAUUUAAGUGAUAUCCAGUACAGGAUAUCAGACGGGGAGUGUGCUGGAACUAUUUUGUUGUGGUAUUAAGUAAAUCAUAACAUUAGAAUUAUCUCCCUUUGUUUAACCUCGGCAAGCAUGGCCGCUACUUCAGCGGAAACUUAUUUUGUUUAUCCUGUGCAAUUUACAGUCUUUUUACCCUUGAACAUGUACGUUGGUUUGUUUGACAGUCAUACUCGUCACUCAGCUAGCUUUCACAGAGAGUUUUCAUUGGAAUAAAGGUCAUUCAAACGGAUAUUCGUCUAUCUUACUAGGGUGAAGAGAACUCGGGGUUAGCUCACUGUAAU